GCUGAGCUCGGAUUGGUGGGAGUGGGCGGUUCCGCAGGUGUCUCACGCUCAUAGAAGGACAGGACAGAGAGAAGGUGAUCAAUCUUCAUCAGCAAUCACUUUAACCACUGCGCAAGACAGCUACCAAGCAAGACUUGUACAAUCCGUGGAUAUUUUAAGUGAAGAUACGGAGUUUAUUUCGACGGAACACUGAAGUAAAGUUUACUUGAAGAAACUCACUGACGGAAUUAAUACCAAAGGAAGAUUUGGGGUGGGGGGGGAAACAAAAAAACAACCAUUAAAUCAAAACAGCAACGUCGGUGGAAACUUGAAGCUUUUAGCAUGAUGUCAUACCUCAAACAGCCCCCUUACGGAAUGAACGGACUGGGGCUGAGCGGUGCCAUGGACCUACUGCACCCUUCUGUCGGGUACCCUGCGACUCCAAGGAAACAACGGCGGGAGAGGACAACUUUCACACGCUCGCAGCUCGACAUUCUGGAAUCGCUUUUUGGCAAAACACGGUACCCGGACAUAUUCAUGAGAGAGGAAGUCGCUUUAAAAAUCAAUUUGCCUGAAUCCAGGGUUCAGGUGUGGUUCAAAAACCGUCGUGCGAAAUGCCGCCAGCAGCAACAGAGUGGAAAUGGCGCUAAGGCCAGGCCAGCCAAGAAGAAAGCGUCCCCCACCAGAGAGAGCACUGGCUCGGACACGAGUGGUCAGUUUACUCCUCCGACCGUGUCCAGCUCAGGGUCGUCUUCCUCGUCCAGCUCCACCUCGAGUAAUACUGGGAUCAGCAACACUUCUACCUCCAUCAGCAACCCUGUGUCAUCCAUCUGGAGCCCAGCUUCCAUCUCUCCUGGUUCAGUGCCACCUGUUGCCAUCCCAGACCCUCUACCUCCCACCAGCGCAUCCUGCAUGCAGCGGUCAGUCUCCAGUACGUCCACAGCCUCCUACCCCUUGACCUACAGCCAGACCACCGGGUACAGCCAGGGCUACCCAGCCCCUUCCAGUUCCUACUUCAGUGAUUGCAGCUCCUACCUGACUCCCAUGCACUCGCACCACCAUCCCCACCAACUGAGCCCCAUGGCGCCUUCCUCGAUGUCUGGACAUCCCCACCAUCACUUGAGCCAGUCCUCAGGCCACCAUCACCAUCACCACCAUCAGGGUUACACAGGAGCUGGAUUAGCCUUCAACUCCUCGGAUUGCCUGGAUUACAAAGACCAAUCCUCUUGGAAACUCAAUUUCAACACAACAGAUUGCUUGGACUACAAAGAUCAGGCAUCCUGGAGGUUUCAAGUCUUGUGAAAAAACAAAACCACAAACAAAUAUUUUAAUUUCUUUCAAUAAGUCUUUUAUGAACUUAAUUAUCUAAUCGACAUUAUAGAAGUUUUCAUCCCUUGAAAAAUGAACCAAAAGUCUUCUUGCUCUCUUGUGGACAGAAGUUGCCCCAGCAUUGACCACCAAAUAUAUAUAUAUGUUUUUUGUUUUUUUUUUUAAUGAAAUGAAGAAUUUUUUUUUUAACAAAGUGUGGAUCACAGAAUACCGGACUAACAUUUUAACAAAAGGAACUUUUUAUUGUAAACUUUGUUUGUUUUUAUAGGUUUAACCAAACUACAAAGCGCAAAUUAUUUCCAAGACCUGCUUUGACCUGCUGUUGCAAUGGGGUUGAGGGGAGAUUCGCUGCAAGAAACUUUGAAAUGUGACAGAUUUCCAAGCCCAUACAAAUUGUGUGUAGACUUUCUUAAUUUUCACUUAUUUUUAGGAGGGAGGGGGGGGGGGGGGCAAAGGAAGGAAGUCAGCUGCAUAAAUGAGCUGGACAUUUGUAAACAUAUAAUUGGGUCAGUUACAGUGACCACAUUUUGUUUACUGGAUUGCAUUUUUUAAAAUUUAUAACAAACCCAUAUAUAAUCUGUCCAGAAAACUGUAAAUGUCCUGUAGAACAUCAUUUAUUGUGAACAACAAUCCUAAUAGUUAAAUCUUAAAUGUUUUGAAUUCCUAUUUUACUUCGCGACCCCCCCCCCCCCCCCCCCCCCCAAAAAAAAGACAUGAAUGGAAAUAUUUGAUAGUCAAGUCGGACCUAAACUUAGUAAACUUAGAGCAUUGUCUAUAGUGAUGUAUGUUGCAACCUCAUUUAAAUAAAAAAAAAUAGCAUCACUUGUA